GGAAUCAGACACAAAAUUUACAGUUACACACGUAAACGAAAAUAAAGGCGGAAUAAAGCCCGCACGAGCCGAGGAGAAGAAAAAAGAAAAAAAGUUAUAAAUAAAAUCAACAUAACCGGCAAUAUAAGGUUUCAGUGUCUUUUGACAGUUGCGGUAAAGCCAAACAUCAAAUGGGACAUAAAUACAUCAGGGCCGGAGCACAACAACAAUAACCACAUCCGCAACAAUGUUGUGCAGCAAUAAAAUAAAUAAUCAAUCGGUCAUAAAAUGUUUGAUAAUUGUGACAUUUAUGGCAGCUGCUGGAGUUACGCAAAUUGAAGGAAAACAGCUGUCAUUAGUGCCACUCUCCGCCCCAGAUGUAUACAAAAUUCUGGGAGAAGGUCGUAAUUUGGAUAUCAAUCCCGAGGGUAAGACAGUGAGUCAUGCCUUGGCUGCGGGAGCUGGCUUUGCAGCAGGUGUUGCCAAUGGCUUAACCGGUGUAUUGUUGCUGCAAGUGUUAACUGCCAACAUUACGGAUCCAGAUGAAACCACUCUUGCCCCCACUGCAACCGAACCACCGGCAACCAAGUUUUAUGCCGCAAAGGAGAUUUGUUUUGGUUCACGUUCACCGCGAAGACUUCAAGAUAUGGAAUACACCACAGAAGAAGAAGAAGAAGACAAUGGCUUUUUAGAUUACGAUACAAAAUCACCAAGCAGUCAUGUUCGAAAAACUAAAACCAAAAGACGUAGACGACCUUUAAGGCAACAUAGUUUCCAUUCGAAUUCGCGGAAAAGCAACUCGGCAGAUUCUCGUGGUAGGAGAAGGCGAAGGAGACCUUCAAAGCCAGCGAAAUUCGAUUUGGCACGAUUUCUGACUUAUCCAACUACAACUUCCUAUGAGGCCCGCACACCAGACCAAGCAAUUACUGCCACAGGAACUGGCACUGGAACGAUUGCGGGUAAUGCCACGCCCAUCACUUGCGUUGUUGUCGAAAAGCCAGCUGAAUAA